AUUGUAGAUGUGUUGCCCCAUUUGCGUUGACGAAAAAACUUCACCUUGCCUCUGAACUGAAUUGAAGAAAGGCGACGAGCCAAGAACCGGCUCACCGCCAACUUCUCGUCAUCGCCGCCAGCAUGGCCGAGUCAAGAGCCGACUCACCACCACCACCACCACCAUCCAAAACCUCGCUAAAGCCCUCGCUCACAGUCACUCUCCUGUCAAUCUUGGCUCCAAUUCUAGCAGUCACGAUCCUAUACCGACAUGAGCCCUUCGACCCGGCUCCACUGCCCACCCACGGGCUGCUCGGGUCGGUUGCUGCCCCUAGAGAGAAUGGCCGCAUGUUGCGUGGUGCAGAGAUGGUCGGGGCCGGGCGGAUGGCAGGGCCCGAGGACGUGGCUUACGACUCAGCGUCCGGGCUCAUCUACGUGGGCUGCGCAGACGGGUGGGUAAAGCGGGUCAAGGCGAACGACUCAGUCGGCGACUCCACGGUGGAGGACUGGGUCAACACCGGCGGGAGGCCGCUCGGCCUCGCGCUCGGACUCGACGGGGAGGUCACUGUAUGCGACGCCUACAAGGGGCUGCUGAGUGUGAGCAAACAUGGUACGGUCAAGCUUUUGACGGAUGAGGCGGAAGGUGUGAAGUUCAACCUCACGGACGCCGCGGACGUGGCCCCUGACGGGACGAUAUACUUCACCGACGCCUCGUACAAGUACACCUUGGAAGAGGUCAUCUGGGACGUUCUGGAGGGUCGGCCGCACGGGAGAUUCUUGAGCUAUGACCCGGCAACCAAAGAAACUAAAGUGCUAGCUCGGGAUCUCUACUUUGCCAAUGGCGUCGCUCUCUCUCCCGACCAAAGUUUCGUGGUCUUCUGCGAAACUGUCAUGAGGAGGUGCAGGAGGUAUUACAUAAAUGGCGAGCGAAAGGGACAAACCGACACAUUCAUCGACCGUUUGCCGGGUUAUCCAGACAACAUCAGAUACGAUGGCGAAGGCCAUUACUGGAUUGCCCUCGCCUCCGGGAACUCAAUGUUUAACGAACUGUUGUUGAAGUACCCAUUCAUGAGAAAAGGAGCUGCGAUCUUGGAGAGAUUCAACAGACGGCCGGCAAUGGAGAAGAACGGCGGGGUUUUCCAAGUCGACUUGAAGGGAAAACCGGUCGCGCAUUACUAUGAUCCUCAGUUGUCAUUCAUAUCUAGUGCGAACAAGAUUGGUGACUACUUGUACUGUGGCUCCCUCCACUAUCCUUACAUCCUUCGCCUCAAAUUAGAUUAAGAAGCUUCUUGUUGUAUUAAAAAAGCUACGCUUGAUUUGGAUGAAGUUUUGCUUUGGUCCUUCUGGUCUGGUGUCAUGCAAGUAGUGUAUGUUGGAUAAUAGGUAGUGACGUGACAUAGAGGAAACUGGUAAAGCUUGAGUAGACUCAUAAA